AUGGCAUAUCUGGCCAUGGCUAUAGCAUGGAAGCAAACUGUGGGUAUCGCAGUCGACAUUCAUGUUCACUGGAUAGCCAACCGUCUUGAAUGGGUGAAAGAAAUGACAGAAAAUCCAGAAGACACGAGGAAGGCAUUAGAAAACUCUGAUGGAUACGAGUUUGUUAUUGUCUCCCUAGAUAAUAAACAAUGGCAGUUUGAAGCCACCAGUAAUGAUGAGAGGGAUGGUUGGAUCACUGCUAUUGAGCAACAAAUUCUUUCUAGUUUACAAGGAAUACAAAGCACUAAAGCCAAGUCCAGUUCAAGUACUCAGCUUGGAGCAACUACUGUUCAAGCUAUACGAAACCCAAACUUAGGAAACGCACACUGUGCUGACUGUGAUGCUACAAAUCCUGAUUGGGCAAGUCUCAACCUGGGAGCUUUGAUGUGUAUUGAAUGUUCAGGCAUUCACAGAAAUUUAGGAUCUCACAUUUCACGAGUUCGUUCUUUGGACUUGGACGAAUGGCCGCCUGGACAUGUCAGUGUAAUGAUGUCUCUUGGAAACAAGGUGGCCAACAGCAUAUGGGAAGGGAACACCAGAGGAAGAGCAAAACCUACACCAAAUUCUAGCAGGGAAGAAAAGGAAAGGUGGAUUAGAGCUAAGUAUGAGUUAAAAGAAUUCCUUGCUCCCAUUAACACUACCAUUCCUCUAGGACAGCAACUACUGGAGACCGUUCAUAAAGUGGAUGUUAAGAUGGUUGCACUACUUUUAGCCCAUGCUGAUUCAGCUGAUCAGGUGAAUGUGAUGGUUAGCCAGCGUGACUUCCGAUCUCCACUUCAUCUUGCAGCAGCAUCAGGAAACCUUGCAGUCACUCAGCUACUGAUUUGGAAUAACAUCAAUGUGAAAGCUAUUGACUCAGAAGGCAGGACAGCUCUUGUUUAUGCAAGAAAUUCGGGAUUUCAAGAAAUAGAAGACCUUCUGCUUAGUAGUGGUUGUCCAGACCAGCCUCUUGCCCCACCGUCAGGAACUCUACCUCGCCGAAGGGGAAGUAUUUCCAAAAAGUCUCCAGAGGUUCUUGACAAACUCCCAGCCAGCAUCAUCUAGUAGUAGAGAUAUAAAAAUAUCAUUUUUGUGAGAACUAUGUUAACACUGGCCCAAAUAUGAGACAUUAUCGAUGUAAUUUUUUCCAUCACCAUAACAGAAAUAUACCUGUUGUAAAAGACAUUCAUUUUAUCAUCAUCUCAUGGGAAAAGAAACCCAAGUGCUGGUAAAAUAUUAUUCAUUUCAUCAUCAGUUGCAAGUAUUUCCCCUACUUGUGCAUUAAAUGUUAGUUUAUAAUUACCUGUAGAAAUUACACCAAACUCUAGUUUAUCAGUUUUUGUGAAAUAACUUAUCUCACCCCAGGACCUGUUCCUCUGCUUCAUUAAGCCCCUCUCUCACAAAAGAAAAAAAAAAUAUCACUAUAUUAACUUUGAUAAGUGCAGUUGAUUGUUUCCUGAUAAAUAGUUUGUUUGUUUAAGAAGUGAGGAAUACUCUGAAGAAUAAAUAGUUUACUGUUUUGAGUAAAUAUCUAAAGAAUCAGUGCAUUGUUUGAAAAAUUAUACCAAACACUAAUUGUUGAUUUAUUGUUUUGAAAAAAUAUUCCCAAAACAAUGUAUUGUUUUGAAAAAGUUAUGCAAGAAUCAUUUUAAUAAUUCAAAGAAAUACUCCUUAGAACAGUGUAUAAGUAUUCUAUAGCUAUGGUGCCAUCAAUAUGGUAGAUAUGCUUAUGAGUAAUUUUAUAUAUGAAAAACAAAUUUUCAUUGCAACAAUAUCAGUAAGUUAACAGGAAAUGAGUAACUUCUUGUUUAUUAGCAAACUAUUCAUCUUUAUCAUUAUUUGAUUAUCUCCGUUCAUGAUCAGCUCAUCAUCACUCAAUAUUAAAUUAACUUUAAGAAAAAUACAGAGUUCUGAACAAGUCAGCUUCUAAUCUUUGGUGUCAUAAUAUAAGGAAGAUUAUGUCAUAUAAGUAACAAACUUUAUCUCUGAAGGUUUCUUUAAAACACAGUAGUUCAUUAUCUUCUGUGUUCACCCAGUAGUGGCUUAACUUUAGUUUAAUACAGGAAUAUAGGUGUCUUUUCAAAUCUGUUUGUCUACAGGUUGGUGCCUAUUUUCCAGUGUGAUUUAUUUACAGUCUUAUUUUAUUUGAAUGUGUGUUCGAGUAUGUCCAUUUGUGAUACCUUGAAUUUGUAAUUGUUGUGCAUUUGAUGCAGCUUCAUUAGUAACUGCCGUAACAUAUGUGAUUAACAAGCUUAUUAACUGGCCCUUUUAGAAUUUACUACACAACAUGAAUUUCUUUCAUUUGUUUUUGACUUUAAAAAUGUAAUUCUUAUAUUGUCAAGUCAUCUGAAGGUAAAAAUUCUGUAUGUUACCUCUAAAUCAGGAACUAAAAUGAAGCAAACCCUCCAGCAUAAUUAUUUUCCAUGAACAUAUGUAUCUGUGAAACAUGUAUCUACAACAUAACAUGUAUUUAUUUUUUGAAAGAAUUCUUUGAUUUAAGCCUGAUUGAGUAACAACUCAUAACGUAGUCCUCUGUUUUCAGUGAAAUUGAGCUGGAAUGCAGCCUACACCACAGAGAAUUAUUACCUCUGGUGUUACUGGAUUAGUAAAGUUUGUUUCUAAGUUAUUCACAGUUGGAAAAAAAGCAUUUCUUCUUGUUGGCUCUGCAUCAGUUCUUUAUUGGUUUGUGGGUUAUAUAAUUUCAACUUAUAUUUGAAACAGCCAAAUUUGACAGAAUCUUUAACUUCUGGUGAUGUGGUGUUGUUUUUUUUUAUUUAGAAUUAGCCUUAAUUCAAAGAAUAAAUGGUAACUUUCAGGUAUUGUUAGUUGUGUACUGGUUUGUGGGUCCUACAAAGUAGAAAAAAUAUUUUAUAUAUUGAUGGUACAGUAGGAGUUGUGCUGGUGUGUGUGUGUGUUAUACAGUAGAAAAUAAUUUUACCUUCAGAUGGUACACUUUGAAUUAUGUUGGUUUGUGCGAAUAUACAGUAAGAAAAAUACUUUUCUUAGAUGAUUUUAUGACCUGCUAGGUUUGAAUUUGCACUUUAAGUGCUUAAAUAAUCACAUGAUUCAUGUGAAUUUGUUAUUUACUAAUGUUAUUGUUAUUAUUUUUCAAACAAGCUUCAGACUUGUUAAGUUUUAUUUUCUUGGAAUUAAAUUAACAUGAAAACUGUGUGUUAUUACUGAGAGUGCAGGACUGUCAGACUUCAGUUAAUGAGUUAGGUUCUGUUGUUUAUCUCACAGGCUAUACAAGAAUAAUAAAACUGUUUGCCUUUGUAACAAUUAUGCCCCCAAAAAAAGAUUUUUAGUUGCCAGCAGUUUUAGGUAUAUCGCUAAUGGCAAACCAACAGUGAAUCGAACAAUAUCAGUAAGAAUGUGGCUGUUGUGAAACAUUAGUGGAACAAUACCUUUGGGAGCCUUUAGUCACACUUCAAGUAUUUAUUUGUGAUAUUACUAUUAAAUGUUACAUUCUACAUCCAGCAGCUUUAAUUUACUGCAUAAUAGAGUACUUAACAUUAUUUAUUCAAAUAUCAAAAAUACUGUUUUUAAUCUCAAAAGUUUCAGACAGUUACAUUAUAAGUUUGUUUUACUAUAGACUUGUGUGAAUAGGUGUCUGUAACUAUUGUUUGUUUUUUUUUGGUCAGUUUGUUUUAGGUUUAAUAUGGUAUGAAUAUAAACAUUAAGUAGAAAUUAAAACAAAUUUUUCACUACAAAUUUGACAUUUGUCUUACCUGCCUAAGGAACCAGUAAAGAGUUGAUCGAUCUUAAGAUGUUCAAGUGUAAACUUUUUUUUUUCUCUGUCCUCAUUCUAAUAGAUACAGAUAUUAACAUUAGACGAGAGAGAUAACUGUGUUCAAAGUUUGCUUACUAACCUUUUCAUUGAUAUAUUACCAAGUGUUUGUGGAUGUUAGCACACACCUAAUAUUCUGCAAAUUUAGAAUUUAAACCUGGUUUGAAAACUUCUCUCUAAUAACCAUUAUGUUAAGUUCAUAACAUUUUUAUUGGGAACUAUGAUUAUUUAAGCAUUUUAUUUCUCAAAUAAUACUAAUCUUUAGAUGUUUAGUAUUUCUUGAUUUGUCAAAAACAUAGCUUAAAAAUAAUUUUGUCAACAGUAACAACAGUUGCACUUGGAUUCAUAAUAUAUAAUUGUUGGCAAUAAUAGGCAUUGAUAAUUAUUAAAGUAUUCCUACUUAGAACACAGAAAGAGUGUUGGCAUUUCUUGUAAUGACAGAAACGGUUGUUCUCUUGUGUGGAUAGUGUCAAACAAUCACAAAAUUCUUCCUUGGUUAGAGAUAACGUAUUGUAUGAUAUAUUAGACUUAACUAAUAGUGGUUAUCCUCCAAAUGCACGUGCUUCUUAGCUCUCCUUACCGGUAAUUUAAGAAACCUGUGGUUGUUUGUCUUGAAUGUAGAAAACUUCGUCCUGAUGUGGUGGUGUUAAUGAUCUGUGUUAAAGUCCCUUUGUUACUUACAAAUACUCUGCAGUGUGGAAAUAAGUGCAACUUAUGACAUUUGAUGGCUUUUAACUUCUAACAGAGAGGGUACAAUGUUCCUAGCUUAAAUACUGAAUGUUUAAAAAGAUGUACUGAAAGACCUCAGCCUAGACGUGCUAGGCAAACUGUAAGUAUUGUAAGGUUGCCAUGCAAAGAAUGUUAAUAUUAACUGAUAUAUCAGUCAGAAUAUUGUGUAUAUAAAAGUAACCGUUUAGUCAUUCAGGUGUUUUUUAUUAUGAUUUGGAAAAUUUGGAGGGUACUUGAUCGUCAGGUUCCCAAAAUUAUGCUACCUGUAGUGUUAAAAAACAGACACCAGGUGGUUUUACAGCGAUUAUGAGUACUCAGUAUUUCAGUGUAACCUGAACCGAAUGUUAACAUCAAUAACUAGGAAAGAAUAAGAAUCAAGAAAACAGGAAGUUAACGCCCUAGCUAUAAGUUUCCUCUGAAUUCAGUAAAAACUCCAUGAGUUAAUCUGAUAAGAAUUAUUCAACUCCCUAUGGAAUAAUACUAAAAUAAAUUCUUAAUUAUGUUUUGUUAUCAUAGCAACGUAUUUUACUGGGUUGGGGUCCUCAUGGUAAUGUGUGUGUAUAAUACACCAGGUCAAGUAUAAUAUUUAUAACUUGAGAAAUAAUUCAUACUUCGUUGAAUAUUUUUUUUUCCGAUUUUAACCCCCGCCUCACCAUGUUAUCAUAUUUUUUGUGUGUUUUUUAUCAGUCAAAAGAGAAGAAACAUUUUGUAAGAUUUGUGCAUAUAUAGUGUUUCAUAUUUAAUGGAUAAAAUGUAUAAGAUUUGAAUUUAAAGUGGAGCCAAGUUUUUACAGAUAUCAACAAAGAUCUUCGUAUUGUAACGACAGUUGCAUUUAGUAUUUUCACUUCCUUUUUUAUAAUGUGUUGAUCCAAUCGUUCGUUCAAAAUCUCUCUGAUAUAUUUCAAGGAUUAUUGUUUGUUUUGGAAUGGAAAACUGAGUUGUAAAUAAGAAGUAACUUUGAAAUUUCGCAUCGAAAGAGGUAUUGGCGUGAUUAAGAAACUUGGUUUUGUUUGAAAAUGUUUUGCAAUAUUUUUAUACUUUGUUGCUGCACUAAAUUUUAUAAAAUAAGCUUCAUAACGUAAAUUGAACAGUGAAAGUUAAUAAAGAAAAAAAAUCGUAUUAAUAGAUAUCAAAUAGAGGUAGUUAAUCAAAUGUUACCAAAAUAGAACAUUUAGAGAAAAGAGAUAAUGGCUUUUAAAAUUGUUCAUAUAUAUAUAAAUAUGUUGUAAGAAGAUAAAAUUGGAAGGGUUACGAGGAUAUGUGGCUCGCGUGACGCUAAGGCCAAAGUAAAUUAAAAAUCGUGCUUCGUGCCGAGGGGGCGUUUUAAAAGUGAUGGUCGAAUCCCACUAUUAGGGCUGCAAGAAAAACCCAUUAGUUGACGAUGAGUAAUGCUGACUGGCUGAAUUCUCUCUGGUCAACAGUCCAAAAUUAGGGGCUGCGUCUUCGUAGCUUUGCCAUAACUACUAUCAUUUCAAAGUUAGUAACGGCUUGCGAAGAUAGCCUUCAAGUAACUUUACGCGAAAUUCAACAAAA